AUGUUGUAUGAGUCUUUUUGGACAUUGACCGGAAAUCCUGGAUUAAUGAAAUCAAAGACCGUUCACACUUUGGCAGAACUUCUGGGUGGCGAUAAAGCGCUGGCGCUCUAUGCACUUGUCAUUCUUGGCCUUCGUGGAAUCAGCAUUCUUGAUGGAACAACCAAUCUAGAACACAUGACGGGCGAUAUUCAAGGCUUGGAUAGAGUUGUUGGAUUGAUUAGCACGGGAGGCGACUUAGAAGAGGAAUGGGGUGGACGGUUAAGGAUUUUAAGUCUCUCAUGUAAGGAGCGUUUGGCAGAUUUUUUUACGCCGCCUACCCUUGCUGUGCAAGUCCACAGGUGCAUGUACUUCAUAAGUUCUUUUAACCACUCUGUGCGUACACUCUGGCGUACACUUUCAGCCUUCUAUCAAACCCCUACUCGAACUUUUAAAAUGUUCCCAAGAAAAACAUUCUGUAUACAACUCUUCCUGCGCCAGAUAUUGCAUUGCAACUCCUAGCUCGACCCGCUUUUCCGGGCGUUAACAAACAGCAUAAGAAAGAAUCCGAAAAUGGGCACGAAACCGUUGCUGCUGCUAAAUUAGCUUUCGGGUCUAAAAAGUAUCGGCCUGGCACGUCAGCGAAUCGAUAA